ACCGAUAUUAAGGAAAUACCUCCAUGGUGAAACACAAAGUAUAUGUAGACAACAAUGGUACAACACCCUUGAGUGAGGAAGUUUGUGCAUUGAUAAGCAAGACUCUCAGAUCCGGCUGGGCUAAUCCUAGUUCCCGAAGUGAUGAUGCUGAUGUGGCUGCCCAGCUUAUCAAGGAAUCACGUGAAAGAAUCAGCAAAGUGAUCAAUUGUGGCGAGGACGAAAUUACUUUCAUGUCAGGCGGUACGGAAUGUAACAACAUGGUGUUGAACUCGAUCAGCAAGUUAUACUCCAAACCUCACAUCGUUAUCUCAGCUGUGGAACAUGACUCCAUCAGUGUCUACGCUAGAAACCUCUUCAAACAAGGUCUGAUAACGCUAACAGAAGUAGAGCUGAACAGUAAAGGAGGUCUGGAGGUAGAGGACGUCCUCUCAGCCUGCACCACUCAGACUCGUCUUGUCUCCAUAAUGCUGGCUAACAAUGAGACUGGUGUAAUGUUUGAUGUAGUGGAGAUGGCUGGAAAGGUGAAGAAGGAGUUCCCUGGACUUCUCUUCCACACAGACGCUGCUCAAGCCUUAGGUAAGAUCCCAGUGGAUGUUGCAGAGUUAAGAGUGGACUAUCUGACACUGGUCGGACACAAGUUCUAUGGACCACGUAUUGGAGCGCUGUAUCACCGUCUUACUGCACCAUUACUUCCACUGUUAUACGGGGGUGGACAGGAAUCUGGCAUCAGGCCAGGAACUGAGAAUACACCUAUGAUAGCAGGACUAGGACUCGCUGCUCAGUUGGCAGUACAGGGUCUCUCCCAGAAAAGUCUGCACAUGGAGAAGUGCCGGCGCUACUUGGAGGCAAGACUUGUGGAAACAUUCGGCCAUAAACUCGUCAUAAACUGUAGAGACUCUCUGAGAUUGCCCAACACCUCUAACUUUGCUAUAUUUCUGGAAAAUUGCAGGUCAGUAAACGUGUUGGAAGGAGUCCAGUUCAUUGCAAGUAAGGGAGCAGCAUGUCACAGCCACUCAACUACUAAACCAUCCCAGAUCCUCCUUAACUCAGGGGUCUCGUAUGAAGUAGCUAUGAACUCUAUUCGUGUCAGCCUGGGUGUUCACAACACUGUGGAAGAUGUAGAUUUUAUUAUUGAGGAUCUUAUUAGGUCAGGGUAAUGGCACUGAGGUUGACUUCCCGGGUUUGCCUACGUCAGCUCUACGCACAAAGAAGGUGCCUGUCAAUGUAUUUCACAGAAGCACACGAGUGGGUCAAAGUAGAGGGUAAUAAAUUCAGAAUAGGAAUCACAGACCACGCCCAAGCGGCCCUGGGGGACGUUGUGUUUGUUGAGUUACCAGAACUCGACUCUGAGCUCGACGCCGGAGAGGAAAUAGGUUCGGUGGAAAGUGUUAAGGCUGUAGGAGACGUACACUGUCCAGUGGGGGGCAUUGUUCAGGCAGUUAACGAACAACUAUUAGAUAAACCCGGCAUGAUUAAUUCUUCUCCUGAGGAUGAAGGUUGGAUCGCUGAGCUUGAACUCACAGAUUCGUCUGAAUUGGACGACCUGAUGGAUAGAGACGGUUACGCUGCUUUCCUAGCCGACGGAGCAUAAAGCAUGAAAAUUAGGGAAUUGUAUUCAUUUAAACUGUGACAGUGCAGUGACAUUUCCAGCUGAAUUUUUGUUAGGCCUAGAAAAGCAGUUCGAGAUUUAUAGUGAAGUAAUUUUUAUUGUAUUUAGUUUCAGAUAUUUUCGUUAUCGACUUUCAUACUCAAGUGCCAUACUGUAAUUUUUAUCGAUGAAGGUUAGAAAGCUUUAUUAUAAGCCAUGGAGUAUAGUAUUUAUUUUAUAAAAGUUAAUUUGUAGGUAAUGGUAAUCUCUCUGACUUGAAUAAUAUUCAUUACAAACAUUCAUCCAAAACAUAUUGAUAUGA